UCUAGUGUCCUUCACGGUGAUUAUUUUAUAGAUAAACUCUCCUCGCCUGUUCUGCAACGGACUAGUUGUCUUGAACACCCCCCGGUCCGUGUUUGUGUAACGUCUGUGUGCAACGUAGUGCUCGUUGUGAUCGUGGGAGUAUCUGAGUACACGCAGGCGACUGACAGGACACAAGUGGACCUUGUUCUGUGGGUGGCUAUAAUACAUGGUGGUGCAGCCUCUGUGUUGGUACUCCUGCCUGCUUCUUCAAACUCAGGGCGUGUCGACCGUCUUCUACUGUAGAACAUCAGUGCAAUGCUGCUUCUCAGACGCUGCCACAGCCUGACUCGGUUUGGCCCUCUCAACACACACAGUCAUCGAGUGGCCCCUGCUGCAGCUCGUCUGUGGAGCAGCAGCAGCAGUGAGGACCAGAAGUCGUACCACGGUCCCAGUUGGAGACAUGCGCUGGCAGGACUGCUGGCCGGUACCGGGGCUGUUCUGGCUUAUGGCCUCUGUCAUCACAAGGCAGAGCGGGACGACACGCCUACAGUGCAGACCAUAGAGAAGACCUCAGCUCUCCCCAUAUUCAGCCAGGAGGAGGUUAACACUCACCGCUCUUUGGAAGAUGGCGUGUGGGUCACUUACAAAGGUGGGGUCUAUGACAUCACAGAGUUUGUGGCCAUGCACCCUGGUGGGGAUAAAAUCCUGCUGGCGGCAGGUGGAGCCCUCGAACCCUUCUGGGCGCUGUAUGCUGUACACAACCAGGAACACGUGCUGGAAAUCCUGUCGGAGUAUAAGGUCGGAGAGCUGAAAGCAGAAGACUUGAAGAAGCAGCAGGCUGUGCAGACUGCUGACCCCUACUCUUCUGACCCCGAGCGCCACCCCGUCCUGCGCAUCAACAACCUCAAACCCUUCAACGCCGAGCCGCCUCCUGAGCUCCUGUCUGACAGCUACAUCACCCCGUCUGCGAUCUUCUUCAAAAGGAACCACCUGCCUGUCCCUCAGGUGGACCCGGCUUCUUAUCGGCUGCAAGUGGAGGGACUGCCUCGAGGAGUGCUGACGAUGUCUUUAGAAGACUUGAAGACUCGGUUCCCCAAACACACCGUGACCGCAACGCUGCAGUGUGCCGGGAACCGCCGCUCUGAGAUGAAUAAGGUGAAGCUGGUGAAAGGGCUGAACUGGGGCAUCGCUGCGAUCAGUAACGCUAAAUGGAGCGGAGCAAGGCUCAGGGACGUGCUGCUCGCCGCUGGUUAUGGGCCCGAUGUGGCCAAGUGGGCGGUUCAUGUUCAGUUUGAAGGACUGGACAAAGACGUGACCGGGACGACGUACGGUGCAUCGAUUCCUCUAAGGAAGGCAGUCAGCGAGGAAGGUGAUGUGCUGCUGGCUUAUGAAAUGAAUGGCGAGGAUCUACCCGCCGACCACGGCUACCCAGUCCGUGUUGUGGUCCCCGGCACGGUCGGUGCACGCAAUGUCAAAUGGCUGGGGAAGAUCAUAGUGAGUGCAGAAGAAAGCAGCAGCCACUGGCAGCAGAACGACUACAAGGGCUUCUCCCCCAUGACGGACUGGGACACUGUGGACUUCAAGUCCGCUCCCGCCAUCCAAGAGCUGCCCAUUCAGUCCGCCAUCACCGUGCCGGCAGACGGUGCUGUGGUCGACCGCAGUUUGAAUGAGGUGACGGUGAAGGGUUACGCCUGGAGCGGCGGCGGCAGGGAGGUGGUACGUGUCGACGUUUCUCUGGAUGGAGGAAAGACGUGGCAGGUGGCUCAGCUGCGAACCAGCGAUAAGGAACAAGCAUCUGAACCCUCGCCGCCCCCGGGACAAGCCUGGGCCUGGAAGCUGUGGGAGGUAACGGCUCCACUUCCUGCGGAGGCUCAGGAGCUGGAGAUCGUUUGCAAGGCGGUCGACAACAGCUACAACAUGCAGCCGGACACAGUUCCUCCCAUCUGGAAUCUGAGGGGCGUGUUGAGUAACGCCUGGCACAGAGUGACGGUGAAGAUCAGAGAAGACGAGAGCGAGGAAUAGACUCGGUGGUUUGACACACAGUUAAAAUCCAAAAGGUUUGUGCCUGAAACAAGAGUCCUAGGAGAGUGGACUGUGUUUAACAUCUAUCACUAAGACUCAGCAGGAAAAGUGAUGGUAGAAUAAAAGAAAAUGCUGAAGGAUUUUUUCUGACACAGCUUUGAAGUAUUUAUGCAAUAGUGUUGCCUCUGAGAUUUCAGAUUAGCUAAAGGCUGUAAAUGACCAAAACAUGUCCGGUUUUAUCAAGUGACGAUUCACUUACACUUUGGUCUUAAGUGAACGUGUGAGUCUGUUAAUCCUGAGUGUCUUAUUUGUAGGAAAGAAAAGAUUUAUUUUUGUAAUCAGUACUGACAUCCUCGAUGCAGAAGAUGCGCACAGUAUAUUAAAAGGUUUGAAUUAAUUGUGUGAUUAACAUGCACCAUAAUUUAAAAACCUAUUUUUUAAUAAUAUGAACUCUAAUUUAAAUGUAGAGGAGUUUAAGUUUAUUAUAUAAUCAUUAUUGUUAAUGAAGGCUACUAGAGUUUAAGAUUGUCCUGAUACCAGAAUCUUUACUUUGAUACAAUACUUGUUCAAAAACAAACUUACUUGAUACCUCUCUCAGUACGACAACAGAAAAAACUUCUGAUUAACAGUCUGCACACAGUGCUGGGAUAGAGAAAGUCACAGAACAGACACAAACACAUCUGUGCAGCCUUGGGUUCAAAAUCUGAUUCUACAAUCCCGGUUCCAAAAAAGUUGGGAUGCGUCAUAAAAACAGAACGCAAUGACUGCAAAUCCUGUGCAACAUGCACUCAUAUAGUACAAAACAUAUCUAUCUAGAUAAUACUCAAACUGGGAAAACAUUUUUUAUAUGAAUAUUGAGAAUGAGUGUAUAUACAUAUAUAUACACGCGUUCUAAAUUUUAGGCAUUCUGUUUUUAUCAGGAUUGUGUUUGCAGAUUUUUUUUUUAUCAUUGCUUCGGUACUUUCAAUAUCAUCAAAUGUAUAAUUAACAGAAAUUGUAUUAUUUUAAACGUGGUAAGGGAAAAGUAUCUGUACUUUUGAGUACUUGCUAGAGUUGCAUGGAGUGUUGACUUUAAUUUAGAGAGAACAACUGGACUUUACUGAGACUGGAAUGAACUUGAAAGCUUUAAAGGGGCAAUGUGUAAGAUAUGACCACAGGAUUUAAAAAAAAAAUGGGGGCAGUAUUUCACCUUGUGCAAUAAUAACACGUUUUACUAAAUGUAGCGCUGUCACUUUGUAAGAGUGUAUAAUGUUACUUUUAGACAUGCAACAAACCUGCAAUGUCCUUAAAAAUGUAUAGAACCUUCCAAACUGAAAUAAGACCUGCACCCAAACUGAUUAUCAGAGUCUGUUUCAGUUGUUUGGUCCUCUGAGAGUCUGUUUCCAUCCCAGCAGCUCAGCAGAGUGCACAGAGACCAACAGCCUGGCAGAGAGGAGGCAUGCAGAAUCUCAGUUUGGAUGGAGGUCUUUCUUUUCUUUUUCUUUUUCUUUGUAAAGCUGCUAACUGCAGUACAGCUGCAGUGUAGCUGCGUCUACGAAGUCAUAUUAGACAAGACGGGCCGGGGCUAGCUGGUUAGCUGGUUAUCAUACUAAUUUCUGUAGAUGCAUACACAACUUUGACGUUGAUAGUGUUAGUUCCAUUUUUUUUAAUGUUUUAAACUGAAAUUCUGACCAAAUCUUACACAUUGCAUCUUUAAAAUAUUGGGAGCAUUUGUUUAUCUGCAGCUGUGACUUUGCAUAGCCUUUAAGUGGGAGAUAAUAAAAUGGCUUUUUAUGGGUAAAGUUUAAGUAGCUUAAAGGAAAAAAAUGGUCAGGAACAUCUGGCUGUGGCGUAGAUCAUUAAUUCUUGUUUAUAGUCUGCAAAUCCGAGUGAAACUGUGACCCUCUGUCCAGUUUGUGGAGCUGCCCUUCAUGUACCAAACCUCACUGUGGAGAUCCAGAGAAGGCUCAGCUGUGGUUAGACCACAACAAGACACUCCAGCACACUGCAGGAGUCAGAGCACACUUUGACCGCAGCUUUGACGACACUGUGUUUUGUGUAAAAUGUACAUUAUCGUUGAAGAUGAUGAAUAAAGAACUCUAAUUUUA